AUGCCCAAGAAGCCGCAGCACCUCAGCCUGGUCGCCAGCACGGCCGCCGGCUACGGAGGCGGCACCAGCAAGCCCAAGUACAGCCUGACCCUGCACAACAGCAAACUCGCCCCGGGGGGCAAGCACCUGCGCGAUGGCCUCCAGCAGCGCCAGCACCUCAAGGCCGUGGAUGGGGUGCCCGUUUCCGUCGACGAGGUGGUGGGCGUGCACCUGAAGGCUCAAGGCUCAAAGGCGGUGGCCGCCACUGGCGAGGCUUCGGGCAGUGUCACCAGGCUGAUGGGGGAAAGCGGAGGCAGCAGCGGCGGCGGCAGCGGAAAGGACGGCGCCAAGUGCGGAAAUGACAAUGAACUGGGGGGCGGAGUGGCAAACGGUGUCAUGAGGGCACAAAACAACAGGCUGUGGUAUCAUUGAUGAAAACCCCAUAUUGAAUGGAUUUGAGCGAGAUCCUCUAAACGGAUAUCGAAUUGAAAAUGCAACAGGAAAUAAAAAGAGGACGUUACGCCGAAAUUGAAAUCACCGAGUUAAGUUCACGCCAAAAAUGGCGAGUUGGACAGAAAAUAAGUAAAGCACAAAUAGUUGGCUUAAAAGGCCCAACAGUUGAACCCACUGAGCAAACAAGAAACGCAGCGAAUCGAAUCGAAAUGAAUCGAAAACGAAUCAAAUCGAAUCGAAUUGAAUCGAAAACGAAGUGAAGUCGUCGCCUACCAAUCAUUUAUAGAGUAGGGUUGAGAAUAUGCCAACAACGUAGCUAAUGAAACAUGUUAAGAACACACAACACCCUGUAAAUAUACGAGUUUAGGAAACGGUAGUGAAAAACAUGCAUUUGAUGGCAAGGAGCUGAAUGGCAAGUAGGAAACGAGGACAUCAUGCAUAACUCACGACAAGAUUAUACACGAAUCAUGAGAAUAUUAAGACGAAUUUAAGGUCUAGCAUUUAGCGACACAAUUUGUUUAUAAAACGAAGCAAGAAAUAUUAUAUUGAGUAACACCCAUACGACUAACUAGCUUAUAAUAAUGUUUAACUGAUUUGUAGUACUCUUUCGGGAAGAACACUGCGAUCUGCGAACUAACUGUACAUGCCUGUGAACCUACCCCGACUAAACCUGAACUAUAUAAACUAUCUGAACUAUAUGAUAUCAUAUGCAUAUAUGAUCCGAUGAACCCUAUAAGCGCCUACACUCACACUACUUAAGCCCCACUGUACAUUUUCUGUGUAUAAACUUAUAGACAUAGAUUGUUUGCUAUGGAUGGAUGGAAACACGAUGACGCGUUGAGCAAAAUUACGUAGGAAAAUCCCCGAUUCCCGGGGAGAUGAUGAUAAAAUUGUAAUGGAAUUUAACGGACCAAGAGAGCGUGCAGAGCGACUUCGCCUAAAACCAAGAAAAAUGAAGUUUUCAUCAAUGAUUUGUGAUUCAAUAUUCAACUAUUUAUAUUUAUAGACACGCGCGGAUGCGAGUAUUCAGUUCUUAAUGCUAACUCUAAUUUAUCGCAACGUACUACCCGCAAACAAAUGACUCUGACUAUAAAGAAAGCACUAUGAAUAUAAAAGAAGAAACAAAUCGUAUUUAUAAUUAAUAUUAAUGGAUAAUCAUGUAUAUGUUCCUUUUUAGUUUAAUGCGCAUUAGUAUCACCCGAAACUUACUAAGAGUUAAAAGUAGUAGCUUCGUAGUAGUUUAAUAAAGCAGCAGCAAUGGUAAAAUAAUUUUAAACAACCGGAUACAUAGUCAAACAAUAGGCGUGUUGCAAAUAUCAUAAAGUAUAAACAAAACGAGACACUCGACACUCGACACCCAUUAAUAACACUAAAAAUUAGUUUAAAUAGUAAAAACCGAGAAAAGAAACCCAAACAGGCACACGCUCCACACAAACAACGUUUAAAAUGUUUGUGCAACAAUUUGCAAGUUUUUAACAACAACAAAAAAAGAAUAUACAACCUAAAAUUAAGCAAGCGGUUACAACAAUAUUUAAAAGUAUUUAAUAACAUUAGGCUUCGAGAUAUGUCCGUAUGUAUUUCUCAACUUUCUGCACAAAUUCGAAACCUUUCAACUUUCCAUUGCACCAACGGUUUGCCCACACUGGCCCACUGAAAACACAACUACAACAAGACACGAUCGAACACUGCAA